CCCUUGAGCAGCACACUGUUCUGAGGCCACAGAGACCGAGUUUCGUCGCGUAUUUCGUAAACAACGCCACUUUCUUCGGGAGAAGAGUCUCAUCCAGGUGGUGGAUGAUCCUGUUUAAUUCGGUCGGCAAACAGUUUGUUCUCGAGGCGGGGACUAGGUCAAACACUGGCCUACAAGUGCAACACGGUCGUCGUCGUCUCCGUCGUUUGUUCUACGAUAAAAAGAGAAGGUUUCCAGAGUCAGACGUGUUUCAAAAAAGAGAAAAAGUUGCCGUGGCAAAUUACCAUUAUCGAGCAAAUGAAACUCUUCUACGGUUACCAUAUUGUGGGUUGCAUUAGUUACCAGAACAGUCAGUGUGAUAGUCAAUUGAGUUUUUGGUUCUGACUCAUUUGAAACAAGCCAGCAUGAACUCGCAGCGCGCAGUUCUUUGUGUGAGGAGAUAAGCCAAAAGUGCAAUUAAAAUGCAUCAUUAGCUCUGUGUGCCACUCUGCCAUAUGGUUGGUUUGUUCUGGCACUGAUAGUGUGCUGUAAAGUGCAAAAAUCUAGCUAAGGUUGUUCCAAUAUGGUGCGACGAUUCGUGUGCACUUUGACCGGCUUCCAGUGAUUAUCGAGAAGAAGAAAAAAAGAAGCAGACACCCAGCAAAAUGUUCAACUGUUGUGGCAGACGGUAUAACUACCGUCCCAUCGAUCUUCAACUUCAACCGAGUGGCUUCGGCGUGCGCCAUGUCCAGACGGUUCUGCUUUUCUUCGGCCUGACGGUGGCCUACGCCUUGCGCGUAAAUCUGUCCGUUGCGAUCGUCGUCAUGGUUGACAAGAAGGCCGCCAAUCCGGACUUUGAGGAGUUCGAUUGGAACGAAAGAACAAAGUCGCUCAUCCUGAGCAGCUUCUUCUGGGGCUACGUCGUGACGCAGAUUCCGGCCGGGCAGAUGGCCCAACGCUUCGGAGCGAAGGUGCUGCUGUUGGGUUCGCUCGGGGUUUGCUCGACGUUGGCCGUUUUGACGCCCUGGUUCGCGCAUAUUGGCGGAAGUCAGCUGGUGAUUGCGUUGCGAGUGGUUCAAGGGUUGAGCCAGGGAUUCAUCUUCCCGUCGACGCAUACGAUGCUCUCCAAGUGGGCACCGGUGAGUGAACGGGGGACGCUCGGGACGUAUUGCUACGCUGGAGCGCAGUUCGGAACAGUGGUCAUGUUGGCAGUUAGUGGAGUUCUGGCCGCAUCGUCCAUGGGUUGGCCCAGCAUCUUUUACAUCUCUGGUGCGGCCGGAUGCAUCUGGUCGGUGCUGUGGUUCUUCUUUGGCAGUAACUCCCCGGUGGAACACCGCAGCAUCUCCCCAGAGGAGAGAAACUUUAUCGAGAGUUCGCUCGGCAAUCAGGAUCACAGCAAGAAGAUUGUAACGCCCUGGAUGGCGAUAUUCACAUCGGCUCCGAUGAUUGCACUGAUCGUCGCUCACUGCAGUCACAACUGGGGCUUCUGGACUUUGCUCACGCAGAUGCCAACCUACAUGAAAAGCGUUCUCGGACUAGACAUUAAAAAAAAUGCACUGCUGUCUAGUUUGCCCUAUUUGGCCAUGUGGAUCCUCAGCUUCGUGUUCAGUCCAAUCUCGGAUUUCCUGAUCAACCGACAGUACCUCUCGCGGGUCGUCUGUCGGAAGCUGUUCAACUCGAUCGGUUUGUGGAUUCCGAUGUGUGCCCUGCUGGGACUGGCGUUCGUGCCCAAGGGAGGAACCGAUUUGGCCAUCGCUUUGCUAACCGUUGCCGUCGGCAUCAAUUCGGCUACGUACUUGGGCUUCCAGGUCAACCACAUCGAUUUGGCGCCGAAUCACGCCGGAACCAUGAUGGGUAUCACGAAUUGUGCGGCGAAUAUUAUGAGCAUCAUUGCACCGCUCAUCGUGGGUGAGGUGUUGACCGAUGAGAAGGAUCCCAUUCAGUGGCGAACCGUGUUCUACAUUGCGGCGGCCGUUUACUGUGUCGGUAAUUUGGUGUUCGUCACGCUGGGCAAGGCGGAAAUUCAGUCCUGGAACGAACCCCGGAAUGCGUCCGACUCCGAGACCGGGGUGCCAAACAACCACAACAAUGCCAACGCCGUGGACCACGUGGAUUAGGGUGGGGAGGGACACAAAAAAAAAAACACGCCUAAAAGUACUUAGUCUAGUCCGGAACUGAUAUGUAAAUUAUGAAACAGAAAACAAUUACGAGUCGCACACGAGCAGAACUGAGUGCACACUCCCAGGAGAACCUGAGCGUCAUAUCGUCGUAAAAUCGAGUGCUCUUAACAGGAAAAAAAAAAGAUUAAAAAUGCAGGAAAUUUAGUAGCUUCCCGCGAAGCGCACUCGCCAAUUGGCAAAUGUGACUAUUAGUUGUUAUAUUAAAAUAGGGUACAAAAAGAGAAGAGAAAACGAGUCGAGAGGGAUUCCGCUUCCAGCCAAAAGAUAUCGAGAAUCCCUCUCGACAAUUCAACGCGCUAAACGAAGUAACGAAUAACUGCAUAUUUUUGUAAUUGUUAUCCAACUAUGAGAUAUAUAAAAUAUAUAUAUUUUUAAAGCCAA